GACGCGCCAAGCAAAAACCUCCCUUAUAUCUAUUAUGACGUAACGUCAGAAAACGCGUCUAAAUAUCAUAAGGACGUAAACGCUGUAUUCUCGUCUGCCAUGUGUUUAACUUCCUUGUUCAAGCUAUAAUAACAACGUUAUGGAGGAAUUUCAGGAGCUAGAUGAACUAAUAAACGAACAUUUUGGAGUAAGUGGCAGAAAGCGUAAAUCAAAUUUUGUAGAAGAUACUUCCUUUGAUGACGAUUCCGAAGUUGAUGAACCUUUAUCAAUAAAGAAUCGAGCAGAACAUUUUUUCAAUUCGGAUGAAAAUGACGAACGAUUAAGUGAUACUGAGGAAGAUGUCAUUUUUGAUGUGAUCCAAAGAGGAUGCAAAUGUGUGAAGAUGUGUCUCAACAAUUUCUCAACACAGGAAAUUGUUGAUCACAUAUACUCAAUACGAGAAUUAGAAAACCUGAAAAAGAAGUCAUGAUAAUGACAACAUUAAAUGAUUUCGUAUUUCGUCCAAAACCUAAAAGUACUCGAAAAAGAGUGAGAUAUAUGUACACUUAUCGUAGUCAACAAAUCUGUAGAGCUGCUUUUGAGAUUGUAUAUGAUGUGAAAGAACAUACUUUAGAUAGUCUUCAAAAGCAUGUUCAAACACACGGAGUAACCCCACGAGUUCAUGGAAACAAGGGUAGAAAAGCCCCAAACGCAUUCAAGUUCGAUGAGGUUUUUAAUGUUGUUCAAUACUUGCAGAACUACGCCACUCAAAAUGGUAUUCCACAACCGGCUGGGCACGGGGGCGGUGGUCCAGAACCUCAAGUUUACUAACCAUGUUCCAACACUAAAGAUGAAAUUUACAGGCAAUAUACAGAGGAUUGUGGAAUGACCGGGAUACGUCCUUUAGGUUUAUCCUCUUUUAAGGACGUGUGGUUGAAAUGCACACCUCACAUCAAAAUAAGUAAUCCACGGACCGAUGUGUGUCAUUUGUGUGAAAAGCAUAGAAAUGCUAUUAGAGAAGCUGUUGGUGAUGCGGAGAAACUAGAGGCUACGAUUAAUUUCCAAAAUCACCUUCAAAUGGCAACAAGAGAAAAACAAGCCUACCAACAAGCCGUGACAGAUUCUGUAACAGAGCUUCAAGGCAUCAC